GCCUAUAAAAAGCCACUAACAGCGUCGGCUAGUUUCAGUUCUUCUCUUUCGUUCAUUGCAACAGCAACACACUCAGAAAAUCAAAUUGACGGCGCAAAACCCAAGUUGAGUUCGUUAAGUUUUGUGCGCAACGCGAUGUUUAUGUGAAGACAGCAAUUCAGAAUUAGCGUGUGACAAUAAUAUACACAUAUAUAUAUAUAUAUUAUAUAUAAAUAACAAGAGAGUAAUAAAACAAUAACAGUUACAAAAUGCAUACCGUGGAGCAUAUGCUAGUGGAAAAGAACUACAGCAAGUGUCCUUUAAAGAAGCGUCCCAUCAACUAUCAGUUCGAAGCGGAGCCCGAAGACUUGUGCCUCAAAAAGAUCAACAGCAACAAUGAGGCGACAACAACACCAAUAAAAACAGAACUAACAACGACAGCAACAACUAGAAUUGAGGCAACAGUUGCUUCGAGCAACAGCAAUAUUUCUGAGGAGGAGCUGAUCAAUGUGAGCGAUUGCUGCGAGGACGAAGGCGUCGAUGUGGAUCACACAGACGAUGAGACGGAGCACAUGGAUGUCAACGAGGAUGAGGAUGAUGUCGAUUGUGUGAAUAUUGAGGCCGAUCCCAAGCAAACGCAAGCCGCUGCUUUAGCUGCUGCUGCCGCUGUGGCCGCAGCUGCCUCGGCUGCUGCAGUCGCCGCCUCGGUGGUGGUGCCGACACCCACCUAUCCCAAAUAUGGUUUACAGCCAUGGAACUUUCACAUGUCGCCAUACACCGCCGAAUUCUAUCGUACCAUCAAUCAGCCGCAUUUGUCAGCAGCCGCUGCAGCCGCAACUGUGGCGCCACUACCCGCCGAGCUGCUCUCGCCAAGCUCGCCAUCGGACUCCUUGGGUUCGUUGUCGCCGCCACCACAUCAUUAUUUGCACGGACGUGCCAGUUCGGUGUCGCCGCCCAUGCGUUCCGAGAUGAUCCACCGACCACAGCUGGGCGUUCGUCAUCUUCAGCAGCAACAACUACACCAACAGCAGCAGCAGCCGCCGCAGACAUUCCUGCCCUAUCCGACAUACCCGGCUGCGUACUAUGCUCAUCAUCAUCAUCAUCAGCCGCUGCAUGCGCCGAUUUCGCCGGCCUACUCGGAGAGCUCCUAUUACUCGAUGCGCAGUUUGACGCCCGAGUCAAGCUGCUGUUCCGUGCCCGAGGAUCUCUCCCUGAAGCACAAACAGGCGGCAGCAACUCUGCAACAGCAGCAACAACAGCAGCCUGCCGCACAGGAUAGCAAUGGUUCCGUUUCAUCAUCGCGUGGAGCAGCAAUUUCCUCCUCCGCCGCCGCGUCCUCCAUGUCCGUCAGCUCAUCUCCCAGCAAGAAGGACAAAUCAGCGCCGCCACGUUAUCAGUGUCCCGACUGCCAGAAAUCCUACUCCACGUUUUCGGGCCUCACCAAACAUCAACAGUUCCAUUGUCCCGCUGCCGAGGGCAACCAGGUGAAGAAGUCGUUCAGCUGCAAAGAUUGCGACAAGACCUACGUGUCGCUGGGUGCACUCAAGAUGCACAUACGCACCCACACACUGCCCUGCAAGUGCAACAUGUGCGGCAAGGCGUUCUCCCGUCCCUGGUUGCUGCAGGGUCACAUUCGAACCCACACCGGUGAGAAGCCGUUCAGUUGCCAGCAUUGCCAUCGCGCCUUUGCGGAUCGUUCCAAUCUCCGCGCGCAUCUGCAGACCCACUCGGACAUUAAGAAAUAUUCGUGUGGCAACUGCUCGAAGACAUUCUCGCGCAUGUCGCUUCUGACGAAGCACAACGAGGGCGGCUGUCCGGGAGGCAGUGGCUCCAGUUCUAGCUCCAGCUCGAGCUCGAGCGCCGUUGGCUCCCACUCUGAGCUAUCCUAUGGAGGCUACGCAGAGCCAUAGGCUCCCCAUCUCGUCGCGUAACUCUGACGUUGUACACAAGCCAUGUUCCACCAAAAAUUAGUUCCUAGCUCGAGAGUAAGCGGCAGCUCCAACACAAUCCAAGACACACACACACACACACAA